CAUGAUUCGAACCAAGGGCUUAUUAGUAAGAGAACGCUAAGGCGACAAAGUUGUUCGCGCAUUAAGGGGCAAGAGGCGUAGGACAUACAAAGCAGCGAUAGAGAUUCAUCAUAUAACUCUGGCAUUUCAUCCUUGAGUCACUCGCAGAAUUAGAGUAAGCAAGUCUUGGCUAAAUACAUGUGAUUUGCCUGGGCGGAUUUUAAUUCAUCCGACUACUACUGUAUACAUCUGAAGAUCCGAACCAUUAUCGCAAGGAAAAGCAGUGUUAAGACGGAAUUCUUAUAUUCAACGGCCAAGCGACCCGGUGGCAACGCAGAGUAUGGUGAACGUGGCCGGGAGAUCAAAAGGCUGCUCCACUUGCCGCCAAAGACGAGUCAAAUGCGAUGAACGUCGUCCUAUCUGCGUACGAUGUGAAAAAGGUGGCUUCGAGUGCGAUGGGCCGAAGGAGGUCUGUUUUAUCAAAGGAACCAUUGUCAAGUCUAGACGCAGUCUACACCAGACACCCCCAUCAGCCCCACUCAAUGGCAACGAGUUCGAGAGAUAUAUAUGUUUUAUGUUAAAGUACACGACUCGUGGCGACCCCAUUGAGGUGGCUACCAGGAAUAUGGCGUCCAUUGGUGUUUCACUAGCCAAUGCGACAGUAUCCACCAAACGAGUCUCCCACCAAGCUAUCAUGAGCUUCGCCAUGAUUUUUUUUGGCACCGAACACCGACGAAACUCCAUCACCAAGGGCGGGUACGCCGUGUACGGCGUGGCAUUGAAGCAGAUAAACCAUUCACUAUCCGAUCCGAUCUGCUAUAAACACAAUGAACUCAUCCUUUCCGUUCUUACUCUGGCUAUACUAGAAGCCCUCGUGCCUACGGGGAUGGGAAUCAAUUUCAAACACAUGAGAGCAGUAGAAAGGCUGCUUCAACUGCAGGACAUUAGCUCGCCGAUCCCGGCCCACUUGUCAGCGCUCUAUCUGCACGUGCGACAUCUGGCUAUCUUCUCUGCGCUGUGGGUAAGAGAGCCGUCUAUUCUCGCGCGGCCGGAUUGGAAAAGAGUCUUAAGGUCAUCAUGCUCAGACGAAGAAAGAGAGCAACAAGAAUUAUACGAUAUCCUGGCAGACUGCACAGUCCUGUUCGCUAUACGCGAUAAAUUACUGGCGAAGUGGCGACUACAUAUUGACAAGCCUCCCGACCAACAUACUGCGCUGAAACAGAAAGUACAGAAUCUAUCGAUGCAGCUCUGUGCCUGGAGACAGCGAUGGGAUAGCGACGAAAGGAAUUCCUACUCCGCGACGCCAAUAGAAGGACCUCGCCCCGAUGACCUCAUGCCUUUCACCACCAUUUUUACUUUCCGCGACGAAUCUAUCGCAAUCAUGUUCAUGUUCUACAACAUCAUACUAAUCUACAUCCUCCAACUCCUCCUAACUCUCGACUUCAAAAACCCCAGUUUCUACUUAAAGUCACACCAUACAUUACACGACUACCUACCUUCAAAGCCUACCCGCGAAGACACCGAAAACCGCUACAUUACCGCACAGCGCCUAGCAGUCUUAGAUAUAUGUCGCAGUAUUCCGUAUCACUUGGACCAGGUAUCUCUGGCGGGAUAUGAACCUUCGCCAAUUGCACACUGGGCUCUUGCUACCGUUUGGGUGAAAGUGGGUGGGGAUAGGUCUGCGGAGGGGAAGUGGUUAGCAGCGUUGUUCAUUGCACAAAAUCCAGUGCUUGCGAGGAUCGUGACGGCGUUGGCGAGUUGAUGGUUUUCUAGGGUUGAUUACUGUUGAUCGUUUUGGCGUGUCAAUCAAUCACGGAAACAAUAGGAUACCUGUUCAGAGGCAGUGAGAUGCUUGUAUUCGGUCAGAAGUACAUAGUUUACCUUGACGGGUA